GUGUGGUACUGUGAGUGCUGGAGAAACUGGGCAAACGAGACUGAGCGGCUGGCACGUAAGAGCCAAACUUUUCACCAUCAAACCUUUUUAAACAAACGAAUAGGGAUUGGGAGAUUUAACCAACAACAGGACUUCAGCGAAUCUUAACUGAGGGGGAACACAUCAUCGAAACGAUUGUAUGCGCUGCUUUUUAAGGGGUGGGAUUGUAUGUAGCACAGACAGCCACCGAUUCCCAACCAGCGCCUGUGGUCUCGAGUGGAGGACUUCCGUGCGAGGAUUUUUCGCUGUAUUUACAUUCGCGGAAAGGGGUUUUAAGGAGACAAAGGUAACGCUGAAGCUAACUUUGUAAUCAAGACUGUUUGCUUUACAUAUUGAGCACUCUUGUGUCCUCCGUUCCUGUUUUAUAACCGAGAAGAUCGCAAUUACCGUGUUUACUUCGAGGAUCUACAUCGUAGUGGAUACAUGCUUGUAACGGAAUAAAAAUGUAAUUGUUUGAGAUCGAUGUAUUAAUUAUUUAUGAAUGCACUAAAUGUAUUAUUUUUUUCAUUCAGGUCUCCCCACACUGUUGUGUAAUCUUAAUAAAUAAACUGUAGACUUGUUAUUGCGAGAAGACUCACGCUCGGCUGGUUAGUCGCGGCUCGCGGCGCAAAUGUGUGUUUGACCGGCUCGCCGCAACUGUUCUGUGUUUACAGCGCACGCAGCUGAACGCUUGACUCGCGUUGGAGAUAAUGAGCCAGCGCGCCGUGUUUUUGCCCCGCUCCUCGGCUGUGUGAAGGAUAAAGGGGUUAAAUCGGAGGAGAAACGCGUGGAUCGGACUGGGCUUUGUGUGUCCGCAAGAGCAGGGAGUGGUGACGGACGGACGCUCUCGCUCAUCUACUCGGAUUACUGGAGUGUACUACAUCUCCUGGAUUUCAGAAGGGACACAAUCAAGAUGUAUCCGCAGGGCCGGCAUCCGGCACCUCACCAGCCUGGUCAGCCAGGCUUCAAAUUCACUGUAGCAGAAUCUUGUGACAGGAUCAAAGAUGAAUUUCAAUUCCUUCAAGCUCAGUACCACAGUCUUAAAGUGGAGUAUGACAAACUGGCCAAUGAGAAGACAGAGAUGCAGCGACACUAUGUCAUGUACUAUGAGAUGUCCUAUGGGCUGAACAUUGAAAUGCAUAAGCAGACUGAGAUUGCCAAACGGCUAAAUGCAAUUCUUGCUCAAAUUAUGCCUUUUUUGUCACAAGAGCACCAACAGCAGGUAGCACAGGCUGUUGAACGUGCUAAGCAAGUGACAAUGACAGAGUUGAAUGCCAUCAUCGGGGUACGUGGACUUCCCAAUCUGCCUCUCACCCAGCAGUCUCAUGCCGUCUACCCUGCUCUGAUGCAGCAGCAGCUCCAGGCUCAGCACCUUUCCCAUGCUGCCCAUGGACCCCCAGUCCAGUUGCCACCUCACCCCUCAGGGCUUCAGCCCCCUAGCAUCCCUCCAGUCACGGGCUCCGUGUCAGGCCUGCUGGCUGUCGGAGCUCUGGGCAGCCAGGCACACAUGCCAGUCAAAGAUGAGAAGAACCACCAUGACCUGGAACACAGAGAGCGGGAGUCCAGCACGAAUAAUUCUGUAUCACCGUCAGACAGCCUGAGGGCCAGUGAGAAACACAGAGGUUCGUCUGAAUACAAUCUGGACUCAAAGAAACGCAGAGUAGAGGAUAAAGACAACAUGGGCCGUUAUGACAGUGAUGGUGACAAAAGUGAUGAUCUGGUCGUGGAUGUGUCUAAUGAGGAUCCAGCCACCCCAAGGGUCAGCCCAUCUCACUCUCCCCCUGAAAACGGACUUGAUAAGGCCAGAGCACUGAAGAAAGAUGCUCCCAACAGCCCAGCCUCUGUGGCCUCCUCUGGGAGCACCCCCUCUUCGAAAGUGAAGGACCACCCACAUAACGAUAAGUCCUCCACCCCAGGUUUGAAGUCUAACACCCCCACGCCACGCAUUGACGCUCCCACCCCAGGAACCAGCAACACCCCUGGGCUCAGGCCCAUACUUGGCAAGCCACCUGGCAUUGAAGCACUUGCAGCACCUGCCCUACGGACGCCGUUGUCGAUUGCGGCGCCAUACGGUGCUCCGUUCGCGAUGAUGGGUCACCACCCAGAGAUGAAUGGCUCAUUGACUAGUUCAGGUGUUUACCCUGGCCUGCACAUCUCCCCUCAGAUGAGCGUCGCUGCUGCUGCCGCCUAUGGACGCUCGCCUAUGGCGGGUUUUGAUCCUCAUCCCCACAUGCGUGCUCCGGGUCUUCCAGCAAGUCUUACCUCUAUACCUGGAGGGAAACCGGCCUACUCCUUCCAUGUUAGCGCUGAUGGCCAGAUGCAGCCAGUACCUUUCCCUCCAGAUGCUCUAAUUGGACCAGGAAUACCUCGUCAUGCCCGUCAGAUCAAUACACUCAGCCACGGCGAGGUGGUGUGUGCCGUAACCAUUAGCAACCCCACACGACACGUCUACACUGGCGGCAAGGGCUGCGUGAAGAUCUGGGACAUCAGUCAGCCCGGCAGCAAGAGCCCUGUUUCACAGCUUGACUGCCUGAACAGGGAUAACUACAUCCGCUCCUGUAAGCUUCUUCCGGAUGGCCGUACUCUGAUCGUUGGAGGAGAAGCAAGCACUCUGACCAUAUGGGAUCUGGCCUCUCAGACUCCCCGUAUCAAAGCCGAGCUCACCUCUUCUGCCCCGGCCUGCUAUGCGCUGGCGAUCAGCCCUGAUGCCAAGGUCUGCUUCUCCUGCUGCAGUGAUGGAAAUAUUGCUGUUUGGGACCUCCAUAACCAAACCCUUGUCAGGCAGUUCCAGGGCCACACGGAUGGGGCCAGCUGUAUAGAUAUUUCCCAUGAUGGCACCAAAUUGUGGACAGGUGGCCUUGACAACACUGUACGGUCCUGGGAUCUGAGAGAGGGACGACAGCUCCAGCAGCAUGACUUUACUUCACAGAUCUUCUCUCUGGGCUAUUGUCCGACGGGUGAGUGGCUGGCUGUGGGAAUGGAAAGCAGUAAUGUGGAGGUGCUUCAUCACACCAAGCCUGACAAGUACCAGUUGCACUUGCACGAAAGCUGUGUCCUCUCCCUCAAAUUUGCCUACUGUGGUAAAUGGUUUGUGAGCACUGGGAAGGACAAUCUUUUGAAUGCCUGGAGGACUCCCUAUGGUGCCAGCAUUUUCCAGUCAAAGGAGUCAUCCUCUGUCCUGAGCUGUGACAUAUCGGCAGAUGAUAAAUACAUUGUGACGGGAUCUGGAGACAAGAAGGCUACUGUGUAUGAAGUAAUCUACUAAACUUACAGACCUACAACUUUAGCUUCACCAGAUAGAGAGACCUACAAAUGGAGCUUCUCCUUGGGCCUGAUUUUGAAUGGAUUCAUGGAGUCAUUCCUCCUACUUUUCCUAAACAAUCUCUAUAGCAGGAACCCAGGUUCUUGUACCAGAUCGGAACCAGAUGUUUGUUUGUUUCCCACACACAUCCAGACUCUUACAACAUUGGAGCAGUCCUCAUCAGAUCCGACUGGAAACAUUAAACAAAUGUCCUAAGGUUUCCCUGAAGGCACUAAUAUAGUAAAUAUUGUCUUGCGAUUUGCUUUCGGUCUGCUCAUGGGAUUGUGUGGGACUAUUCCUCCCUGGUAUUUCUGCCCCCUCUCGUUUAUCAAAAGUGAACGAUCUGUGAUGUAAUAUGAAGCAGUGCUUACAUUUUAGCCUCCUGCUCCCUGGACAAUUUGUUAAAAAGUGUAUAUAUGGAGUAAUAAAGACAUUUUAUAAAUAUAUAUAAUUAUAUAUAUUUCCAUGUCCUGAUAUACUUGUGAUGGGUUCCUUUGUUCUCAUGUCCUUAAUGCUUGAUGAAUGUAGAUUAGGAUACACUUUAUUUUUCAAUUUUGAUUUUGUAAGCACACUCUCUGGACUGGCCAUUUGCUGAAAGGUAGGAAUGGCUUGCGUGGAAAACCUUCCCGUUUCAGAAUAAUCUUCUGCGACUUUUCUCCAUGUUUAGUAAUUUUUAUUUUAUUUUUUAUUUUUUGAGCAUUUGUGCUGUUCACGGAAUUGGGAUCAGGCUGGAAUCCUGCGGAAGUCAGAAUACAACGGAGAUCCUUCUGCUAAAUGCAAGAAAACAGCCCGGAGGACAGCGAGGAGUAGUUUGUUAAUUGACAGCGACAAUAAACUUUGAUAAUAACUAACUACUACUUGUCUGUGUCCUUGGCCUUGUGUGCCGUCUUGUUGAAAGGAGGAAUUCAGAUAACAAAGUGUGAUUGUAACAUGCUGAUUCGGCAUGGAUAUUGUACGCCAUAAUGAGUAACUUGCCAACUGAUCCCACAAGCAGCCCUGAUAUAGGUUGCUUUUGUUGAAACGGGACGUGACACCCCAAUGAUUGACAGCUGAAUUCUACUGUAGAGAGCUUCACCUUAAGCCUGCAGCCCUGUUUUCAGGCCUUGUCCCAGAUAUAUGUAAACCCUUUUGUGAGUGAUCUGAGUCUAAUGGGGGUUUGUUUCUGUGCAAGUUGAAGCAGUUUUCUGAUUAAUGUAUUUAUGGCCUGCACUUGACUGUAGUGAUGUGAAAGCACAGUGCUCAGAGAGAGGGAGGAGAGCAGCUGGUUUAACUUUAUCCAGGCUAACUUUCUGUGUGUAAAUCUGGACUGUUUUAACUGCGUGAACUGGACGUGCCCCUGUGCUUCAUGAGGCCACAGCAGAACCAAUGUCAUGGCAAACACUGUCUUCAAUAAAGCCUUUCACAAUUUUUCAAGUCCACACCAAAGUAUGUAGCAAACUGUGUCAGCACUGAUCAUGUACAGUUGUUAAUAAUUCAAUAAACGUUUUUUGUAGAAAAAUGUAAAUUGUAUACUUGUUAAAUGGGUCAGUGAAUAAUGUUUGAAAGUCUGUUGAUGUAUUCAGAUUUUGAAUUGGACAAUGCAGUUUGUCUUUAUUAACCCCAUGUGUCUUAAGUAUUGAGAUAAUUUGCAGAGAGCAUGAACACUGAAGAUGUCUUGUAGAUUUUCCCCCAUGGUGUCAAGUUGCUGGAAGACUUAAGACUUGUAGAAGUGUGUAAGAGAGAGAGAGCGAGACGUAGUUCUGCUGUCUCAGCUCAUUGUUGUAACUGCAGACCCAGCUGACUCAAAUAUGCCUUGCAGUCCCCCAGCCACUGCUGAUGACACGCGCACACAACUCACUUUUGAUUCCCUUGCCUCAACUGGAUUAUUGGUCAGGAAGUGCAUGUGUGUGUCAAUUGAUUUAUUCUGGUUGUUGAGCUGGUUUCAUUAAGGGUGUUAUUUCAGCAUACAGUAUUUCUUCUGUCUUUCACCUGUUCCUGCACUCUAGAAGGCACAUGAUUCUGGUGCAGAGAAAUUAAUCCUGCACUUCUUUUACUGAUAAGCUUUCAUUUCCAGAUGGAAUAGCUAUUGGCAUAAUGUUUGCACAAAAUAGCUCUUGGGUAAAUGUUUCACAUGGUAAUUAGUGUUGAUCUCAAGUAAAUGUAUCAUGCAGCCCAUGUAUUGUGUUUCUACAA